GUUAGCUGCAUAAAUUGCCCGGUGCUCCACCCGCGCUCUGACAGUUUGUCGAAAGUUAGCGUGCUUCGUCUGCGGGUGAGCUCGCUUGUACAGGUUUUACUAUCUGGUUUUUCCCGGACUUUAAAACAAUCAAGGCAAAAAGAUGGCAGCGGUGUCGGCUGAUGCCCAGCAGAAUGUGGUUUCCAGGGUUGCUAGUUUGCCCCUGGUGAGUUCCACCUACGAUAUGGUCUCUUCUGCUUAUAUUAGCACAAAAGACAAUUACCCCUACCUUAAAUCUGUCUGUGAGAUGGCAGAGAAAGGAGUGAAGACUAUUACAGCAGUGGCCCUGACCAGUGCCCUGCCCAUCAUCCAAAAAUUGGAGCCGCAAAUUGCAAUGGCCAAUAGCUAUGCUUGCAUGGGAUUGGACAAAGUUGAAGAAAAAUUGCCUAUACUGUAUCAGCCAACUGAUAAGGUGGUUGCCAAUGCUGUGGAUGCAGUUGUUGGUGCAAGGGAUGCCGUAACAACCACUGUGGCUGGUGCCAAGGAUACAGUCACACACACCCUUAGUGAAGUUGUUGACAAGACAAAAGGAGUUGUUCUGGACAGUGUGGAGCUAACUAAAUAUGCAGUCCAUGGCAGCAUUAACACUGUUCUGCAGAGUCGGAUGGUGUGCCUAGUGACCAUCGGGGUGGAUACCGCACUCAGCAAGUCUGAAAUUCUGGUUGAUCAGUACCUUCCACACACCACAGAAGAACUGGAAAAACAAGCUACCAACAUCAAAGGAUUUGAAACUGGAGAUCAGAAGCUAAGUUACUAUGUUAGACUAGGAUCUUUGUCUUCAAAGGUCCGAGCACGUGCCUAUCAACAGACUCUAAAUGCAUUUAGGGAUGCUAAGCUCAGAAGCCAAGAGACAAUUUCUCAGCUCAAUUAUACUGUUAACCUGCUGGAAUAUGCCAGAAAGAACAUGACUAAUGCUAACGUGAAACUUCAAGAUGCCCAACAGAAAUUAUAUAAUUCCUGGACAGAAUGGAGGAAAAACAUUAGCCAAAAUGGUGAGGCACUUUCACACAGUGCUGAGCACAUUGAAUCACGCACUCUAGCAAUUGCACAGAACUUGAGUCAGCAGCUUCAGACUACCUGCCUCACGCUGAUGUCCAGCAUACAGGGUUUGCCACAGAAUGUUCAGGAUCAGGUUCACCACGUUGGGGAAAUUGCAGGAGACGUGUACAAAAGCUUCCGGUCAGCCUCUUCUUUCAGAGAAGUGUCUGACAACCUUCUUACCUCUAGUAAAGGCCAGUUGAAGAAAAUGAAAGAAUCGCUGGAUGAUGUGAUGGAUUAUCUUGUUAACAACACACCCCUCAACUGGCUGGUUCCAGAUUUCACUAUCACAGAAUUGUCUUCAGAAUCUGAUGAGAUACCGGACAUCUCAGAUUUGGAUGAAGAAGGAUUGCCUGACUAUUCCCAUGCAAAUGGCCCAAUUACCACGGAACAAAUAGUGGAAGCAUAAGAAAAGCUGUUCCUUCAAUGCAAUGUAUGUGUGUGCUGUGUGUAUGUGUGUGAUCUACAUCCACAUAGACACACAUACAGUGUAUAUGCACACUUAAUUACAAUUCUGCUUUAUGGGACGAUAGCUAUUGGAGAGUGCAUUUUUGUUUAAUUUAGAUCAGCCCAACAUGCAGCUUCUUGAUUCAUUGUUAUUAUGGAACAUAGACAAGUAUUUUAGGAUAAGCCAUAGAUGCUUUAGGUCAGCGGUCUUCAAACAUGGCCCUUUUAUGACUUGUGGACUUCAACUCCCAGAAUUCCUCAGCCAGGCAUGCUGGCUGAGGAAUUCUGGGAGUGGAAGUCCACAAGUCAUAAAAGGGCCAAGUUUGAGGACCCGUGCUUUAGAUGAUAGAUAAAUGUAUUGAAAUGGUCUUAAAUAUCCUUUGAAGCUUAGAUCACAAUUGGGCCAAUAAAAACUUUUGAAGUAACAGCCUUAACAAUUCACCUGAAAUGUGGACUAUCAGAUGAUUUGCUGUCUUAAACUUUAUUCCUUUCUUAGCAAAAUACAGUACUUACAUUUAGCAACAUGUCUGUAUAUUUUAAUCUGUUGCAAAAACUUCAAGCUGAAAUAUAUUGCUCAAUUCUCUAAUUGUGGAAAUAGGUGUAUUAAGCUUUUGAAACAAUUUUCUUAUACUCUUUGCCCUACCCAAAUACAUUGGGAGUGAAAUUCUGAGAACUCCCAGAUAACAAGGCACAAUCCCAACACAUUUGGGAUCCAUAGUUGAGGAAGGCUGCUUUAAUGCAAUGAAAGUAUUUGGUGUCUCUUUAAAGUAUAAUAUUCUUGUCCAAUGUCUUAGUGCUCCAAUAAUAUAUCAGCCAAGAUACUAUUAAAGUAAUAAACAUAUAUUCUGGCUGUGAAUUUACAUAACUUGAUAUGGCUCCCUAAAAUCCACUACAGAUAGAAAACUGGCAGCUAUAUAUCUCAGAGGAAGGACUACAUUAUUUUUAUUUUAAAUAAUUGGGUUAAAGCACACAAUUCCCCAUUAGAUUUUACAUUUAUAUAAGAAGUUUAAGAUUUAAAUGCAUCUGAAGAGAAGUAAUAUACACAUUCAAAAAGGAUAUAAGAAAACUUCUAAAAAGAGGAUGAGUUUGGAUAAAAGAAACAGUAAAGGUGCAAUGAUUAUAAAUGAUAGCAAAAAUUAUAGAAAAUGAAAUUUCUCCUGCAGAUUCUGCUCAUUGUACAUUCCUACUAAAUAUACAAUUUCAACAACAGCCGUUGUUAGAAGCACUUGGACCUAUAUUUCACGAUGGAUUUUUGGGGAGUUUCAUGCUUUCUGAACUGAUAGAAAUGUGAUUGUUAUCAUUUGUUGUCAUCGCCAUUUCUCUUCCUAAGCCACUGGAACUUUGUUUCUGUUUGUUGUGAGAAUAUGAGGGCAUUUCUUGGUGCUAAUUUAGUAGAUUUCAUAAAGCUAGCAAGAAAUAAUUGACUUCCUUUGUAAUGUGAGUGUCUCUAAUAUCAGAUGCAGUAUGUAAGUUGGAAGAAGUAUUUACUGAAAUGCCUGGGAAAUAAAGUUUGUACUGAUAUUUGA